AUGGACGGUGACAAGUUCAACGGCGAGGCGUUCAAGGUCAGAGAAGCCAUGGACAAUAGGAAGCAAGGUAAAGAGAAGUCGAACGGGACUGGCGGCGAGCGCAGCACGGGCAACAAGCCUGGCAAAGGAAAAGGGAAGAAUAAAGGCAAGGGCAAAGGCAAGGGCAAAGAGAAAGGAAAAGGCAAGGGCAAAGAUAAAGGAAAAGGCAAAGACAAGGGCAAAGAGAAAGGAAAAGGCAAGGGCAAAGACAAGGGCAAAGACAAGGGCAAAGGCAAAGGAAAGAGCGGGGGCCAGGCUGGCAAAGGCAAAGUGAAGAAGCCAGCGGCGAAUGGAGAAGUCGACCUGCCUUCGAUCGACCUGCGACCCUUCGAUGCUUUCCACGUCUUUUUGGCGAUCCCGCGGCUGAGGAAGGGCAAGACGUGA